UACAGGAAGGAAGUUGACAAACACGUGAGGCUGUGAGACAGAGCUGCGGACGGAGUUCGAACUUCUCACUUCAGCGUAGUCAUGUUUCUCCAGUAUUACCUCAACGAACAGGGAGAGCGGGUCUAUACCCUGAAGAAGUUUGACCCCACGGGACAACAGACCUGCUCGGCCCAUCCUGCUCGGUUCUCCCCAGACGACAAGUACUCCAGACACCGAAUCACCAUCAAGAAACGUUUCAAGGUGCUGAUGACCCAGCAACCGCGCCCUGUCCUGUGAGGGUCCCUUAAUGUCAUGCCGCUUGGUAUCCCUCUGAGACUUUCCGAACCCAAGCUCUUCAAUCUGUCAGCCUUGAAGCCUUGUUACCAUCUUUACUCUUUGGCAUCUGGUGUCGUCAUUACCUUUGAUCAUGCUCUUGUGGGAGGCUAUCAUGGUAGCAUACCCCUUAAAGGGAACAAGUUCGAAUCUUCCUUUCGUGUUUUGACCUACUGGCUAUUAAAAUGAUUUGAAAGAGCUCUUA